AUGGCCACAGCUCCAACGGUCGGCGACGAUCUGGCGCUGCAUCCGAGCCAUCAGCAUACCCACCGCCACCUCCACCACAGCUCGAGGAUAUCCCACGACGGCAACGACAAGCCCGUCUACACCGUCGGCAACCCUGGCGAACCCACCAUCCACCCCGAUCCGAGCCCGAACGAUCACGAUCGAAGCAAGCAUCAUGGCCAUGAUAUUGAGAAGAAGGGCGAAUACGAGGUGAAUGAUCUGGAGAAGGGCCACACCGCAGCGAUAUCUCCUUCGUCCUCGCUGGACGAUGAUCCGCAUCACAGCUCGCCCAAUGGCAGGACGUUUUAUCGCAAAUACCGCAUAUACAUCCACAUCUUGCUCUGGCUGAUUGCGACUGCGUGGUGGGUUGCGAGUUUGGUUCUGCAUAGGGAUGAUAAGAAUUGGGUUGUGCCGUUCCUUAUCUACCUCGCGAUUACACUCAGAAUCAUUACAUUGCACACCGGGACCUCGUACGUCACGAAGCCGAUGCGCUGGACAUGGAGACAGACUGGCACCCGUGUUAAUAACAUGAUCCCCGCCAAGGCACGACUUUGGGUUGGUGCAGGUGUCACACUCGCCGUCAUUAUCGUCGGAUCUUUCGUCAGUGAGGAGAGCGCCGACAACACUCGCGAGAACCGAGCCAUCAGUCUGUUCGGUCUGGUAGUUCUGAUCUUCGGUCUUUGGGCAACGUCGCGGAACAGGAAAGCGAUCAAUUGGCACACGGUCAUCUCUGGAAUGCUCAUCCAGUACAUCAUUGCGCUCUUCGUGCUGAGAACUGGAGCUGGUUACGACAUCUUCGCCUUCAUCUCAAGUCUUGCGCGAUCUCUGCUGGGUUUCGCCAAGGAUGGUGUGGCAUUCCUCACCACGGCGGAAAUCGCGGCGUACACGUUCUUCUUCUUCAGCGUGCUCCCGGCCAUCAUCUUCUUCGUGGCGCUGGUCCAGCUGUUGUACUACAUUGGUCUCAUUCAGUGGUUCAUCGGCAAAUUCGCCGUCUUCUUCUUCUGGAGUAUGCGAAUUUCUGGGGCCGAAUCUGUCGUUGCUGCGGCUACGCCUUUCAUUGGUCAGGGUGAAAGUGCUAUGCUUAUAAAGCCUUUCGUCAAUCACUUGACUAUGUGCGAAUUACAUCAGGUCAUGUGCUCUGGAUUUGCUACGAUUGCUGGAUCUGUGCUUGUCGCCUAUAUCGGUUUGGGCGUGAACCCACAGGCGUUGAUCUCGUCCUGUGUCAUGUCAAUCCCGGCGUCGUUGGCUGUCAGCAAACUCCGCUAUCCCGAGGAGGAAGAAUCCCUUACAGCGGGCAAGGUCGUGAUCCCAGACGAUGACGAGCACAAAUCGGCCAAUGCGCUUCAGGCGUUCGCGAACGGAGCUUGGCUGGGGUUGAAAAUUGCCGGCAUGAUUCUCUGCACGUUGCUGUGCAUCAUCGCGUUUGUGGCCCUCAUCAACGGCCUGUUGACGUGGUUUGGACGAUACAUCAACCUUGACGGAGACUACGACCUGACUCUGGAGCUGAUCUUGAGCUAUGUCUUCUACCCAGUGGCGUUCUUGCUCGGCGUGCCGCGAGGGCCAGAUCUCUUGAAGGUGGCCCGUCUGAUUGGAACAAAGGUCAUUACGAACGAAUUUGUCGCAUACGAUGCCCUUGUCUCCGACCCGCAAUAUGCCACCAUGUCGCCACGUGCCACUUUGAUUGCUACGUAUGCUCUCUGCGGGUUCGGCAAUAUUGGUUCGCUGGGUACGCAAAUUGGUGUGCUCACCACGAUCGCACCGGGACGGUCGGCGGAUGUUAGUAGAUUGGCGAUUAGUGCGCUGAUCACGGGUGUCCUGGCUACGCUGAGUAGUGCUAGUAUUGCUGGGUUGGUUAUUCAGGAUCAGGCGAAGUUCAUUACGACGUAA